AUGUUAUAAUCCAUUUUUGAUUUUGGUAAAACAACUUCUACUUUUUGGCAUCUUUGCGAUAAAUCUUUGCUUGAUGUAUUAUUAUAUAUUAUAUAAAGGAAUAAUCUGAUUUAAUAGAGUCUGAAUUUCUAGUUGGUUCUAAAUAAAGAAUCAAAAAAAUAUUUCUUUUGAUGAGUGAAAGUACAUUAUUCAAAGUUUCUGUAAUGUAACUUAAAAGAGCUCCCUUACUUACAAUGCAUAUUUAAUUUAUAGAUCCAUCAUCAGAUCAUUUUGUCUAACUUAAUUCAGAUGAGACUUUAUAUGGUUUUAGACUUUCUUAUCAAGGAAAGAGUCUAGAGAUUUUUACUUCUGAUAAAGUUAAUUAUGAAAUUUGGAAGUCUCACUUUCGAUUAAAGUGUAUUAUGAAUAAUUUUCAUGAUGCUUUUUCAGUAUCAAAAAUGAUUGGAAAAGGUAGUUUUGCAAAAGUGUAUUCAGCAACAAAAAAAGAAAAUAAUAAUUAAUAUGCAAUUAAGGCAUUUAGUAAAAGCUAUAUGUCUCAAUAAUCUAAAGGAAUAGAAAGUUUAUUAAAUGAAAUAAAAGUAAUGAGAAGAUUGAAUCAUCCAAAUAUUGUAAAGUUGCAUGAAGUUCAUGAAACAACUAAUUCAAUUUACUUUGUUUUAGAUAUGAUUUAAGGAGGAGAACUAUUAUAAAGAGUACGUGAAACAGGUAUAAAUUUAUUAUGAUUAGGUUUCUUACCUGCUGAGACAAUGUAAAAGCUAGCUUUCAAUUUGAUAAGUGCAUUAAGACAUAUGCAUGAAAAUAAUUUAAUUCAUAGAGAUUUAAAACCAGAAAAUUUAUUAUUGAAAUCAACAGAAAAUAAUUAUGAAAUUGUUUUAGCUGAUUUUGGUUUAGCUACUAGUCUUAAUGAAGAACCCUUAUUCAAAAGAUGUGGUACACCAGGAUUUGUUGCUCCUGAAAUCCUUGAAUAUAUUGAUGGAUUAGAUUUCUAUUGUGAUAAAUGUGAUGUCUUUAGUGCAGGAAUAAUCUUAUAUCUUUUAAUUGUAUUUAUAAUAUUAUUAAUAUAGACUGGUAAUACUCCAUUUGCAGGUAUUGAUUAAAAAUCUAUUCUAAAGAAUAAUAAAUAAUGUGAAGUUGAUUUUAAAGAUUAAUAAUUUAAAUUGGCUCCAAUUUUAAUGUAAGAUCUUGUGUAAUCAAUGCUCAUUAAGAAACCUUCUUAGAGAUUAAGUUCAGAAGAAGUAUAUAUAUAUACUUAAAUAAGUGUUUAAAACAUCCCUAUUUUAAAGAAUUGGCAAAGGAAUACAAUAGAUAAACAGAAAAAUAUUAAAAGAAUCUUUAAGGAUAUUCUGAAUUUAAAAAUGCUGUUAAGAUAGGAACUUAAGAGAUUGAAUAGAGAUCACCCUUAAAUUUCAAUUCAUCUGAAUCUAUAUCCUCUAAUAUUUCUAUAACAAGACAAGAUUAAAGGAAAUCAUCAAUUGUAGUUGGAGCUUCAAAAUUUAGUUAAUAUAGUUUUAAAUUAUCAAAAUAAAAUUCAAGGGAGAUUACUGGUAUGUUAAUUUUAUAGUAUUUAGAUAUACCAUAGAAGUAAGAACCAAAAAAAUAAAAGGAUUUACAUAGAAUUGCUUUGACUAAUAGUUAAUUAAAACAUAUGGCAAAUAAUAAAUAAGAUAAUGGUGAUGAUCCAACACCUGAAAAUUGUAAUAUUGGAGCAAUGGUUAGAUAAUAUAAUUCUACUCGAUAAAUAAGGAUUCCAGAUAGUACAUUAAAAAUAAAAGAGUGUAAUACUCCCACACUAUAAAAACAAUGA